GGAAGGUGGAGACUGAGCAUGGGGGGCGGGCAACUUGAUGCAGCAUCUGCCAAUGAACAGUGUGGGAGGAGGUAAAUCGGCCGACCCUCCUUUCGAGACAGAGAAUAGAGUGUAGAUGCACUAGUCUCUCUAAAGGCAGAGCGGGGAGAGGAAGGAGUGUGCACCCAGGAGGGUGCUGCCUCCUGAUACGACAAAAUUCCGAGGGGGCUCCAUUGCCAGCAGCCUGGGGUUUUAUUGGGAAUGCAAGCAGCUUCUCUAUAUUCUUACUCAACUUCUAUCCAGUUCUACGAUCAUGAGGAGACUAGUCAUCUUUCCAUUUCUUGUGGCAUUCCUGGCAUCUGUGCAACCUGAACUCGAUCCACUAUCCCUGGAGGAACUGGGCUCAGACAUUGGAAUUCAGGUCUUUAACCAGGUGGCCAGGACCAGGCCGCAUGAAAAUAUUGUAAUGUCACCACAUGGAAUCUCAUCAGUAUUGGGCAUGCUGCAGCUCGGGGCAGAUGGGAGGACUAAAAAGCAAUUGAUGACCGUCAUGCAGUAUAAAAUUAAUGAGGUUGCCAAAAACCUAAAGAAGACUAACAGGGCUAUCGUUGCAAAGAAGAAUAAGGAUAUUGUGACGACUGCAAAUGGAGUGUUUGCCAGCAGUGCAUUCAAAAUGGAGGGCUCCUUUGUCUACAAGAAUAAAGAUAUCUUUCACAGUGAUGUCCGAAGUGUUGACUUUCAGGAGAAGAACACAGCUGCUUCCAUUAUCAACCAGUGGGUAAAAAACCAGACUAAAGGGAUGAUAGAAGGACUGAUUUCGCCAGAGCUAUUGGACAGCUCUGUUACACGACUGGUGCUGGUUAAUGCUCUGUAUUUCAAGGGGCUCUGGAAAUCUCGCUUCCAUCCAGAAAACACAAAAAAACGCACCUUUCAUGGACUAGAUGGAAAAGACCGUCAAGUGCCAAUGUUAGCCCAGCUGUCUCUCUUCAGAAGUGGCUCUGCAAGUACACCCAAUGGUCUUUGGUACAAUGUCAUCGAACUCCCUUACCAUGGAGGAAGCAUCAGCAUGCUAGUGGCAUUGCCCACAGAGAAGAGCACCCCUUUAUCUGCCAUCAUUCCCCACAUUAGUACAAAAACCCUGCAGAGCUGGAUGACUAUGAGUCCUAAGAGAGUUCAGCUCAUCUUGCCAAAGUUCAGUGUGGAAGCCGAAGCUGAUCUGAAGGAGCCGCUAAGAAACUUGGGUAUCACAGAGAUGUUUGAUGUAUCAAAAGCCAACUUUGCAAAGAUAUCAAGAUCAGAGAGCCUUCAUGUGUCACACCUGCUCCAGAAAGCCAAGAUAGAAGUAAAUGAGGAGGGUACAAAAGCAUCUGGAGCCACAACUGCAGUUUUGAUAGCAAGAUCAUCGCCCCGUUGGUUUACAGUCGACAGGCCAUUUUUGUUUUUUAUCCGGCAUAACCCUACAGGUGCUGUGCUCUUCACAGGGCAAAUCAACAAGCCUUGAGGGGAAGAUGCUCCGUUGUCCUGUAUCCUGAUUCCAGUGCUUGAUAUUUCUAUAUUGCCCUGUUUUUUUGUGUAAAUUCAUAUCAUUUUUAAACCGAACGUUUCACUGUAUUUGUAAUAUUUUCUAACUUUGUUUUGAUAACGCAGAUCAAUGGUACACUUGCUAAGGGGGUUCAUUUUAACUACUGAAUGUUUGUGGCUUUAAUCAUUUUUUUUUAUUCAUUUGGUUUUGUUUUACAUUUUUUAAUAUAUGUAAUUAUUCCCAGAAGUUUCUAAUUAUUUUGGUAAGCAGUUGUAUAUUAAAGUGCCAUAUUGGGUAGCCCGGCUGCUCCUUGGCAAAGCAACAUCCGUGGCAGGAGAUGAUAUUUCUUUAUGGUCAAUAUUACUACAUUAGUCUCUUUGAACUUGAGAAAUACUGCUCGUUUCCCACCAUUCACGCACCGAAUAUGGUACAAAAAUUCGAUUUGUAGGAUAUUAUCUGUGCGUCUAUGGCCACCUUAACAGUAGACUCAGUUAAGGUGUGCUUGUCUGUUUGCUGUAGAACAAACUUGCAGUGAUGUGACCUGAUCCUUCAUAUGGGGUAUUGAAAGGAUAUACUCUUCUAAAAUGCUGAUUUCCUUAUCUGUAUCAAGUAUUUUCAGCAUUUCUGCCAAACUUGGAGACACAAGCGAAGCCAAUUUCCAUUUGAGUCGCUGCCCUUGUUUUACAUGAGAUGAUAUUGUCCAGUUUUUAUAUCGUGUGUAACACCAUGCAUGUGUUUAGUGAAAUAAGCAAACUAAAUUAACAUUUGUAUGGCAUUAAAGAUGGCAGCUCUAGCUCCGAGGGGCAUUUCAAAUAAAACUAUUGGAUUGUAA